AUGGCGGCUUCUAUAGAGGAGAUGUUGAACAUAUUGUCCGGUCUGGGGAGCCCAUAGAGGAGUUGAGGAAUCUAAAGACCGCGGCUCUCAGCCUGCCGCUCAGCACCCUGUCAGAAAGGCUUCCCGCCUUCCGCCUGGAAGUCAUCUUUCGCCUCAUGGCUAGUCCCAACAGAGAACAAGUGAAUCUGUGUGUUGCCAUAUUGGAGCGUUUCCUUCAGGCCCUGGAACCAAUUCACAUUGCCCAAAACUAUAAAGAGGACCUGCAGAGAGGACUUUAUCAUCCGGAUGACUCAGUGAAGUUGCUGUCAAUAUCACAGGUUGGGAGAAUUGUGGAGUGUUCAGAGGCUAUAACAGAAAUUCUUAACAAUCUGGAGCUUCUAAAACAAAUAAUCAUGUGUAUUGGUGGUGACAAGAUUUCUGUGGCCAAGGAGGCUAUUAAAUCCCUUUCUAAAAUAACUCGGACUACGGCUGGCCUUGAUGUGCUCUUUGGAAGCAACUUGCUAGCCAGCCUAAAAGCUGUAAUGGCCCUUAGUGAUGUGGUACGAUAUAGAGUAUAUGAGUUAAUAGUGGAGAUAUCCUCUAUGUCAGCAGAGUCUCUAAGCUUCUGUGUAAACAGCGGGAUCUUAUCACAGUUGCUGGAUGAGCUUUCUGGGGAUGAUGUGCUGGUCAGAGUGACCUGCACAGAGAUGGUCACAACUCUAGCUUCCACGCUUCAUGGACGGCAGUACUUGGCACAGCAAGGAAUCAUCGACCGAAUAUCCAACAUGAUCCUGGGGCUGAUUCUGACCCAUUUUCCGGGUUUUAUUUGCCAGGCCUGGUAAAAUUCUUUGGGAAUUUGGCUGUUAUGGACAGUCCACAGCAGAUCUGUGAACAUUACCCUGCAUUCCUGCAGAAAGUCUUUGACAUGGCAGAAGGUCAUGAGACAACCAUGAUCGGAGUGGCUGUGGACACAUUAGAAAUUAUGGGUUCCACCGUGGAAGGGAAACAAGUUCUACAGAAGACUGGACCCAGGUUUAACAAUGUUUUUAAGCGAAUUGGACACCAUGCAAAAAAUGCCCCUACAGAGCUGAGAGUGCGGUGUUUAGACUCCAUCGCAUCCCUCCUUUUUCUGCCAGAAGAUCACCAUACCGAAGAUCUUCUGGCCAUGUCAGAAACUUGGUUUACAUGUCUAUCCAACCAGCCAAUGGAUUUGUUCCGCAGUAUCGCCACCCAGCCCUUCCCUGAACUGCACUGUGCUGCACUGAAGGUUUUCACUGCCAUUGCCAACCAGUCCUGGGCACAGAAGCUGAUGAUUGAAAGCCCUGGAUUUAUGGAAUACAUUGUAGACAGAACUGUCGACCCAGACAAAGAUUCAAAAGAUGCCAAAUUUGAACUCGUAAACGGUCUGGUGAACUCAAAAACAGUUGCCGAAGUGUUUGGUAAUCAGCAUUAUCUGAGGCUGCGUGCCUAUCUGCGGGAAGGACCCUACUACGUAAAAGCUGUUUCUACUGUGGCCGUUGAAGGAGCAGAAUAG